AUGCGCAUUGGUUUCUUUGGGCCCACUGAGCCUUGGGGUGUGUAUGCCCACCCACCAUCGCCAAGCCUUCUGAAUAAUAGUUCCGCCAGAUUCCUCCGCGCAUUACCCUACCCUAGCUUCAUGUCCAACAUGCAUUGUGUUCGAACCGCUCACAAAACGCCCUGGUCACUUGAUUUGAAAAUACAGAGGAAGACUUUCAUUGCCACCACCUCCAAGACCAAGACAGUAAGGGUAGAAAGGAAGAUAGAUGUUCAACAACAAAUCUGCCAUCGAGCCACCCACCCAUCCCAUCCUCCCGCUUCUCUCAUUCCCAUUCACCCCAUCCACCUGCCGGCCCGUCCAUCUUCCUCCCUUCAUCCAAACAGACACAUAGCAAAAUGCCGGAAUUCAUGGAAACCCGCCCGGGGCUGCAGACGCCCAUAUGCUGCUGAUAUACACAGUCAAUCUGGCAACAUCAGUAGUGUGUCAGAGAAACCACAACCACCAUUGCUCCUCCCAGAUGCCUCAAUCAACCCGUCCCAUUUCAUUCGACACAUUGGGCUGUUCAGUCAUCCCAUCCCAUCCCAUCUAUCUUUCCAUAACAUAAAACAACGCAUCCACUAUGCGUACACUUCAUGCCAGAAGAAAGUGGGAUACAUCAAGCAGGAAGAACAGCUUGCAUCGCCAAGAAGAAAAAAGUCGACUGAUAUCCCCAUGAACAAGAAGCGAAGGUAGAGCGGUGUGGUAUCGUUGAGAAUAGGUGUGCGAAGAUGCCGUCUUCUAGGCCGGCAUAAAUUGGUUGAUCGUGAGGUCGUGUCGUGAUGAUUCGUGUAGUAAAGUGUUGUAAAAUCUGGUCGCGGUACAUCCUGAAGUGGACAUCACUCUUCGCUGAUGUCUAGAGAGCGUCGACUUUGCUCAUCACUGCUUUCUCGUGUCCGGAUUUUCUUCAUCGUGUUAUUGGAGCCGCUUCGCGAAGACUUUUUGGAGCGGGUUGACACGCCCGUGCCUCUUCGCGCCUUCUUCUGCACCCCAAGUGGCGCUGAGCCACCAUGUCCACCUUGCUUAGCCGCAGACUUGCGCCGAGACAUGAGUAGCCCACAGUCGCUAUCGGAGGACGAAUCAAAUUCUUCAUCGCAGUCACUGUUGACUGCAGCGUCCUCCUCUUGGUCAGGACUGUAGCCAUGGAUGUUGUCUUCGUGAAGGUACUGAUGAGGCGCGGCAGGAAGCGUGUCGUCAGAGGAUGGCUGCCCCUUUCCGUCAUGCUGGUCACCAUGCCUGCUGACUGAAGAGGCCUCAGAGAUGACAGACUGAAUCGAUGGGUUGCUAAUAGACAUCGAGACUGCCGAGCCCAGGUCCGAAGAGCUUGAUACCAAUGCGGGCGGCAGCUGUCCGGUAUGAUGCAUAGGGCUCACAGACUCAUCGGGAGUCCCGGGAUUUGACAUAUCCGCAACCGAUGGCGUCUGUGAGUCUUGCCGCUUUACAAGCUCAUCAUCUGGGCUGGUCGGAC